UCAUUCAAGCAUUUGGCAAGAGCGUUGAAGUUCGUCAGCAGGUAAUUGCAACCGCAUUGGUGUACUUCAAAAGAUUUUACAGUCGGAAUUCAUUUAAGACCAUUGAUCCAUGGUUAAUGGCCCCAUCGUGUUUAUUUUUAGCAUCUAAAGUUGAGGAAUUUGGUGUAGUCUCUCAAAAAAAUCUAAUGACAUCAUGUCGUAAUGUGGUUCAUAGUCAUUAUUUAAUCUAUUUUCCUGAUGGUUACGGUUAUCCAUAUCGUGCUCAGGAUGUACUGGAAUGUGAAUUUAUUUUACUUGAAGCAAUGGAAAAUUGGAGAUGAUGGUUUUCUGUUGUUAAAAUUAAACUGUAUUCAAAUGUAUUGCCUAGCAUCACACUGAUCCUUCAUAUCGGUGAUGAAUCAAGCAUCUGAUAUAACGUGGCUCAUUUCGUGCAUAGUUGAUCGUUCUAGGGUGCAAUCUAGUGGUAUUAUAAACACGGUCACUUAGUCCAGAGUCGUUGUCGCAGUGCAGUAAUAUCUCAUGUAAAGAAGAAAAAUGUUUGAGUCCAAGCUUAUAUCACAUAGUUUGAAAUAUGAUCACCAACUAUAUGAUAUCAUUCUGUAACGCUCUAGCUGAUAGGGUACAGUAGUCCUGGAGGUUCUAAAUGGUUUUCCGGAGAGAUUACACGUUUUCUUGGAUUUAUGAAAACGAUGACUAAUUGCAAGCAUCAAAUAGUAACGAAAGCCUUUUUCACAGUUUGCAUUCUACAUAAAUUAAUUCUAGUUUUUUGCAUCUUUGUCAUGAUAGAAUUCUGAGGAAAUUCUCUAGAUAUUUUACUUUCAGGAUUGUUCACUAGUUGUCUUCCA